AUGCUGGAGCCGAUUGGGCCCGCCCUCUCCGCUGGGCCGGGGCGGCCCCUGUCGCCGUCACGGUCCACAGCGUCAGCAGCACCACGGCCAGCAGCAAGUAUCCGCCGGCCCGCUGCAUGGGUGGUGGCGGCGGCGGCCCUGGCGCUCGCAGGACUGACACGAGCGGCGGCUCCGGCCGUGGCGCUGCCGUACGUGCCGACGUCGGUACUCUUCUCCGAAUCGGCCGGCGACGUGGCCUACGUCUUCAACCCCAACGGCACGGCGGUCGACCUGCUGGCGCUUAACGUCUCGAACACGCUGGGUGCCGGCUCGGCGGGCGCCCCCAAAACGCUGUCGUCGGGCCUGCCCUUCCUCCCUGCCGGCCGCCACACAGCCUUCACGCCGUCGCUGCUCGACAACGGCACCCUCGCCGUACUCGCGGGCGACUGCGCUGACGCCACCAAUGCCUCGCUGUGGACCUUCGCGCCGCCCGCCGGCCCCUGGACCCAGCACGCCCUCGCGCCCAGCAGCGAUUGGGACUACGGCCAGGGCGGGCCCUACUUCCUCGGCGGCAGCCUCAGCUUCUCGGCCCAGCUGGCCCCCGUCAUGUCGGAGCCCGUGCUGUACGUCUACGGCGGCAUGUGUCCGUCCGCCAACACCACCUCCACCACCGCGGCAUCGUGGCAGUCGUCGGCUGUCUACUCCAACCGCAUGCUGCGCGUGUCACCUCCGUCUCCGUCGUCGUCGUCGUCGUCGUCGUCGUCGUCGUCGUCGUCGUCGUCGUCGUUGGCUUCACAGCCAGCCCCCUUCACUGUCGACUACGCGCCCAGCGCAGGGCCGCCCAUCGCCGAGGCCGGCUUCUCGUGGACCGCGCUCGCACCAUCACUCUCAAACCGCUCCGGCAUCGUCACGCAGCAGACCAGCCACGUGCUGCUGGGCGGCCACACGCAGCAGGCGUUCAUCAACAUGAGCACGGCCGCACUGUGGAGCCUGCCCGAGGAGUCGUGGACGUUUGUGUCUAUCAAAGCCCCUCCCUCUUCUUCCAACAAGCCCGACCUCCUCCUGGCCAGCCGCCAACAAGAUGCUGUUGCGUCCAUCGACAGCCGCUCCGGCCACACGGCCGUGCUCAGCGCCGACGGCACCGCGCUAGUCGUCUUGGGGGGCUGGGUCGGCGACGUCUCGCAGCCCGCCGCCCCGCAGCUCGCCGUCGUGGACAUCGGCGCCAGCUUUGACGACUGGCAGUGGCACGUCCCGCCGCAAGAGGCCCAGCCCAAAGGCCCGGGAAUCUACGGCCACGGCGCCGCGCUGCUGCCGGGAAACGUCAUGGUGGUCUAUGGCGGGUUUGAUAUUGCGCCGCAGGCUGGGUCGGAGUCGGAGUCUGGGUCUGGUGGGAGCAGGAGGCGCCAGGCAGCGGAGAGCGGUGGUGGUGGUGGCGUGCGCAUGUUUCUGAACAUCACCUCGCUGACCUGGCUCGACAACUACACGAACCCGUCCUCCGUUGGCACGAAAAGCGGCGGCGGCAGCGGCGGUGGUAGUAGUCAUGGCGGUGGUGGUGGCGAUGGUGGCGGUUCCUCGUCAGGAGGCGACGGCGCACCAGCAGACUCUUCCUCUGGACCGUCCAAGCGGCUGCAGAUCGGGCUGGGCGUGGGCCUCGGCGUAGGGCUCGCGGUGCUGCUGGCGCUGGUCGCUGGCGGCGUGUGCAUGCGGCGGCGGCAGACGCGGCGGCGGGCGCAGCGCGACGCAGCCCUGCGCGGGCUGUCGCAGGGCGUCAACGGGUCGCUGCCGCGGCAGCACCGCCCUAGCGGAGAGUUUGGCGACGACGAUGACGACGACGGUGACGGCGAGAUGCUCGAGCGCGGCGGUAUGCUGGGCCCGUGGAACGCCGCCUCGGCGCGUGACUGGUAUACCGGCGGCCUAGACCCGUAUGAUGCCGGCACGGGGCGCCGGUCGCUGGGCUACGAGACGCUGCGCGGCGGCACCAAGUCCAGCCCGUCGCUGUAUCUGCCAGCGAGUGUUGGUAAUGGCGGCGGCAAUGGGCCGUCGGUGCGGUCGCGCGCUGCGGCGCGCGGGCUGCACCAGCCGCCGCCUCCCGAGCCGCGGUCGGCGGCCGUCGGCUACGACUUCACGCCCCUGCGUUCGUCUAACCGCAACUUUGAGCCCAUCUAUGAAGAGGCCAACGAGGACGGCUUGGACGACGAGGGCGACCUGGGCGCCGGCGCCGGCCGCGAUCCGCUGCUGCUGCACGGCGAGGGGAGUGGCAGCAAUAACAACAACAGCAACAACAAUGACGACCCGUUCCUGACACCAACGGAAUCGGGCGCGCCCGGCCUCGGCGGCGGCUUCUUUGCCCUGCCCGCCAGCGAUGGCAGCCGCACGCCCAGCCCCGAGGCGCGCCACCUCCAUCACUCGGCAAAACCGCGCCAGGGCCAGGAUCCCGAGGUGCAGGGCUGGGUGUCGGACGUCGACGCCGCGGACGCCGUGCUUACCGCUAAGAUCAGCCGGCACGGGUCCACGACCACGACGCCGCCCGCGCGCGGCCAGGGGCAGGGGUCGCCCCCAGGUAACGGUGGUGGUGGCGGCGGGCGGACGUCGCCGAGCCGCCGGCCAUCGACGUCAGCGCGGUCCUCGCGCUCAGCGAAGGCGCUCGCAGGGGCAGACGACGACGCGGCGGCGCGCACCGAGAGUAACCUGUCGGAGCGCAGCGCGUUCAGCUUUGCACCGCAGCAGCAAUACCCCAGCACAGGAGCAGCAGCAGGGGGCGAUGGCCGGCUGGGCAGCAGCAGCGGCAGCUCGGCGCACACGUUCAGCACGGCCAAGUCCAACUUUGCCACGCUGCAGGCCGAGGGCCCGGGACUCCUACUCCUACCGUCUACCACGCAGCCACAACAGCAACAACACAAAGCGGCGGCAGCGGCAGUAGCAAGCAUCAGCCCGUCGCCCGACGAGGACUACGACUACGAAUAUCUCGAAGACGCGAACCAGCAGCAGGAGCCGCAGGCGCCCGGCAGCCCGAGCAAGUCCAAGCCGCGGCGGUCGUGGUUCGGCAGCCUGCGGCGCGUGUUCAGCGGCGGCACUGCCACCAACAGCAGCGCGGGCAGCGGGUCGCCGCCAGCGUCGAGCCGCGGCGGCAGCCCGACGCUGCUGGGCGGUGGCGGUGGCGGAGGGUCAUCCGACUACGAGGCACACCACCGGCUGCUGGGGCUGGGCGGUGGCGGCGGGGUGCUGCUGCGGCGCAAGCAGGGGCGCGAGGCGUGGGACGCGUCGUCUCCGUCUGCUGGCGGUGUGUCUGCGUCUCUGUCUCCGGGGCCAGCCGGCGAGCGGGUCGGCGACGACGAGUGGGACAUUGAGCGAGCCGUCGAGCAGCGGCUGGUGCAGGUCAUGUUCACGGUGCCCAAGGAGCGGCUGCGCGUGGUCAACGCCGACGACGGUGACGCGGGUGUCGAUGAGGAGAUGGAGGCCGUCGUCGUGAGUCCUGGCGACGACGACUACGAUGACGAUGACGAUGAGGAGGAGGACUACUACCGGCAGAGAUAUGAUGAUGAUGGCGGCGGAGACGAAGGGGGUCUGACGCCGCCGCCGCUGCAGGUCUGGCCACGGCAAGUCGACCCGCAGGACACAGAGACUGGCGCGGAGGCAGGCAAGGGCAAGGAGCGAGACGAGCCACAGGGCACCACCGCCGCCGCCGCAGAAGCAGAAGCAAAAGCAGCAGGCGGCGGCAUGGCGCUGUCGCCGGACUCGGGGUCGCUGCGCACGGCGUCCAUCACCACGACGGCUACAGCGGCCACGCUCAACACGGCCGAGGCCGUUAAGCUGCAGAGGCCCUCCGCGCGCACCCGCGUGCUCGAGAUGGUCGAGAGCAUCGAGUCCCGCAGCACCGACAGCAGCCCCUGCCCGAGCCCGACGAGGGCGUGA